AUGCGUUUCACAGUGUUUUGUGCAGCUGCUUUGGCGGCAAGUCCAGCGUUCGCUAGCGUUUCCACCACUACUACUGUUGAGUCUGCCACCUCAAACCUCCCGUCUACCACGAAUACCGAGCCUCAGACUACUACAACGGGGCUCGCGACAGCCACUUCCGUCGACCUUUCGCGCACCAUCGAAACCUCAACCUCAAAUGAUGACUCCACGGCAGCAACCACUGCCCCAACAACUUCAUUAGCAGAGACCACCGAUCUCGAAGUAUCCGUUGCUACAACCACGACCACUGAAGCCACCACAACCGAAGCAGCCUUCGAACCAAUUCCUACCUUCGACGUUGUUGGAAAAGGCGCUCAAGUGGAUGGCCAAUACCUGCUAGGAUACCAAUCAGCUGGCUUCUUUGUUGGGUGGCAAUACCCAUCUACUAACUACCGUCUGACCUUUUCUAUCGACUCAACGACCAACAGAGCUAUAGACGUCAACGGAAACAUCUUUAACAAUAUGCUCAACCAGCCAGACUAUGCCUUGGUUACAUGCGAGCAAACGCGCGAUCAGGAGCUUGACUGCUCCGUCCCUGCGAAAACCUGUACCCUUGACUUUGAUACUCUUGAAACGACUUGUACUACGCUCACAGGGACGUAUGAUAACUUCUACACAUACUCUGGGAGGCAGGAUGGGAUAUUCUUGGCAAUGGCGGGGGCUACCAAUCCUGGUGCGAACUACCAGGCUGUCGUGCUUGGAAUCACACCCAACGAGUCGAAAUAA